GGAGGCUCGUCCGUCUCGAUAACACCUCCUUCUCGCUCUCUUUUUUUUUUUCACAUCCGUCCGUCUUGCUUUCUCGCGGUGUGGCUUCCCUCCCUCUCUUUCUCUCAGCCAGCAGCAACAGAACCGGCACUGGCACCGAAGGGCUGCAGUUGCGAUCGGAUGAUCGACGAGUACGCGUCUGUUGUGCGCAUCGUUGUGUGUUCGUCCGGAAUGUCAGGUGUCUUUUCGAUUCUCAUUAUCACCUAUCCUCGAUGAAUCGAAGCAAUAACGAAGUUGAAGCUUUGGAUCAAAAAACGAGAGUGAGCAAUGUUCACGAAGAUUCGUGAGGCUCGCGUAAUCGACAGACGUGCCGGAUCGCACGGCGUCGCCGGGGCUCUUCAGUGGUAGUCGAGGAAUCUGCGGCGCAAAAAGAAAAAGGAAAAGAGAAGAAAGAAGAAGAGGAACACACGAAGGCGAUAAAAGGAGGAUCUGGUGGAGGAUCGACGAGAGGAAGUGGGGCGCCGGUGCUGGCCACCGGGACCAAUCAUCCUUUCCUUCCUCAGGAUGUCGUACGCCAAUCGAUUCCCGUCUUCGCAGCACAACCGUUAUCGAAGCAGCUGGGGACCCUCCUCGGUCACCGUGUUCAAUCGAGCCGAUGUGCCCAGGCCCUCGCCGGAAGAGGAAGAGUACGCCGAGUUCUAUCACGAGCGUCUGCACUCGGCACAGAGCAGACAGUUGCUGCCGUUGCAGGAGGACCUGGCCGAUUGGAUCAAUAAAACGUUGAACUCUGAAAUUGUAUCGGGAGACAACUUCUUCGACGCUUUGGACAAUGGCGUGGUGGUGUGUCGAUUGGCGAGGGUUAUACAGGAAAAGGCGAGGACGGCGAUCGACGCUGGAAGAGCGAAAGGGCCCCUACCGGUGAUAAAAGGUCGUUGCUGGGAGAACGCAGCCCGUCGCAGUUUCUUCUCCCGCGACAACAUGGAGAACUUUAUACAAUUCUGCAGGCGUCUGGGCGUGCACGAGAAUCUUCUAUUCGAGAGCGACGAUCUCGUUCUACAUGGACAGCCGAGAAACGUUGUGUUGUGCCUGUUGGAAGUGGCCCGACUCGCGUCGAGGUAUUCCGUCGAACCACCAGGACUCGUGCAGCUCGAGAGGGAAAUCGCCGCCGAACAAGAGCGAGAUCUUCACUGUCUGUCUGAUAGCGGUAUAUCCCGCAGCAGUCUGGUUUCUUGGCAGUUUCAAUCACCGUCACCGACCGCAACGCCCAGACCUCCUUCAGAGAAGAUCAAACACAGCAGUUCAGCAUCAGAAGUCGCGUUGACGGCGACAGGAUGGCUGGAUCCGAGCAACGGUGUGACGCACGAGCCCGAAAUGAGAAGGUCGAUGAGCGAUAAUGGGCCACCAAAAGGUAGCGAUGGGGAACCGAGCGACACGACCGAGGAUGACUGGUCACGUGGAAGCGCGGAGGAUCCGGACGAGCUUCCAUCGCCGACUAGUUCACCUUUGCCCUCGCCGGCCGAGCCACCAGAGCACACGGGUCCAAUAACGGAACUCGAUCGCAAGGUGAGAAGAGCUACAGAGGCUGUGCAGAGACUUUGCCAGUGUCCCUCCGAGAGAUGCUCCAAACUGAAGGUGCGAAAGGUUGGCGAAGGACGGUAUCAUAUCGCUGGGCGAAAUGUCUUCAUCAGGCUUUUGAAGGGGAGACACAUGAUGGUCAGAGUAGGCGGGGGCUGGGACACCUUGGAACAUUUCUUGGCGAGGCACGACCCUUGUCAGGUGAGGACUCUCAACGCGAGCACGCCGCCUUCUCCUCACGGCAACAAGCACACCAACUUUCUUCCCAUUCGCGCCAAGUAUCGCAGUCCUCCGCCGGAAUCCGUCUCGGCCCGCUAGCCUAAAAGCACAGUGCCUGUUACAAAUCCACGCUAUUUCACGUUCAUAUUGCUGUUGGUUCGUUUCGUACAAGUAGAGAAACAACACGUUCGACAGGGUCAACUCUCGUUCCGCGUUUCUGUUUCUGAAACAUAAGAGGUUGCAAGGAUACCAAGCUGAUAGAUUGAACCGCGAAAACAUAUGUCAUGCUUGAAUUCUUUAUGGAAUAAAGAAAG